AUGGGAACUUGUCAAACUUCUAAACAAAGAAUAAAAAACAACACUUGGACUAUAAGUGAAAGACUUUAAUCAUAAAAAUUGGAUUUCACUUGUCAACGGUUAUCACUAUAUUUAGAAUUGGUUGGAGACACUCACUCCUUAGGUGAAUACUUACAAGAACGAAUUAGAACUUUACUUUAAAUUAAACAAAAACUAUAUAUAGAUGCAAGUUAAUCAUAAAAAAUAAAAUUAAUGCAGGAAGCUUCCGAAAUUAUAGAAUACUUAUACAAUGAUAAACACUUUAGUUAGGCAUUCCCUAUUUUAAGGGAAAGUCUCCUAGAAAUUACAUAAGUGUCAAUAUGCACUGAGUGA